GUUCUUCUACGUCAAUAACAGGGCGGUACAUGAUUGGGCUGUGAAAAAGUAAGGGACCUCAUCUGUCUUUACUUUUUCUUUUUUUUAAGGGUGUUAACUACGCUUUGAUUCAUGCUUGGUUCUCUACGACGUUUCGGAACACAUGAGCAGUAGUCCACUGUCUGUGCUGACUGCGGGGGAGAAUUCAACCCUUAAGGGAGGAAGCAAUCAUCCAUCGGCUGCGCAGCGCAGGCUAGCAGCGGUGCGAGUCGCGGCGGCAUCCCGAAGCAGGAGGAGGCUGAGAGUCCCUUGCCUGUGAAUCAUGGGUUUCCGCAAGAAGAACAAGAGCCCACCUGUGCUCAGCCAUGAGUUUGUGAUUCAGAACCACGCCGACAUGGUCUCUUGCCUGGCCAUGAUCAUCCUGCUAGGCCUGAUGUUUGAGGUCACAGCAAAAUUUUCCAUCAUGUUCAUCACAGUCCAGUACAACGUAACAGAAGUUCUUGAUGAAAAGAACGAUCCAGUGAACCUUUACCAUUAUGGUCCCAAAGAUGUAGCCACUGUGUUUUUCUACCUUCUAAUUGUUGUCAUCCUUCAUGCCCUGAUACAAGAGUAUAUUCUUGAUAAAAUGAACAGAAGGUUACAUCUAUCAAAAACCAAACACAGCAAGUUCAAUGAAUCAGGGCAAUUGGCAGCAUUUUACCUGUUCUCCUUCAUUUGGGGCUGCAGCAUAUUGACAGCGGAGGACUUUGCGAAAAAUCCCACUUUCCUAUGGGAGGGUUACCCACACACUCACAUGGUAUUUCAGGUCAAAUUUUUCUACAUUUGCCAAAUUGCCUAUUGGCUCCAUGCACUUCCUGAGCUGUACUUUCAAAAAGUACGCAAGGAGGACAUCCCCCGCCAACUCUAUUACAUUUGCCUUUAUGUCGUUCACAUCACUGGUGCCUACAUCUUAAACCUUCACCGACUCGGAGUUGUGUUGCUGGUCCCUCACUACUUGGUGGAGCUCCUGUUCCACGCCUCACGUCUCUUCUACUUCAGUGAUGAGAACAAGCAGAAGGGUUUCACACUGUGGGCUUUGCUAUUUGUCAUCGCACGCCUCCUCACUCUCACUCUGUCAGUCCUGACAUUUGGCUUUGGGUUGCCCCGGACAGAAAACCAGGGCUUUUCCCUUGUGGAAGGCAACUUUAAUGUGCUCACCAUAAGGAUGGCAUGUUUGGCAGCCAUCUGCCUGACUCAAGCUUGGAUGAUGUGGAAGUUCAUCAAUUUCCAGUUGAAGAAAUGGAGGGAACAUAGCCAGAACCAAGCAUCGAAGAAGAAGACAGCCAGCCCAAAGAGCAAACCUCACAAAAGGGAGCUCACGAGGGGAGCUGCCAAUGGAAUCGUGAAGCCUGACGAUAAAGCCUCACCUCGGGCAAGAAGAGUUAAAAACUCAUAAAGAUGGUGCAAUUGACAAACGGCUGGAACGGCGACAUACUGUAUGUUCUAUACACCACUUAGCAAUGUGUCUAGUGCUAUCUAAACUACAUCACACGAAGAAACCUCACAUAACCGUAAACUCUUUGGUAUUAAGUUAACUUUAACUAUAAAAGUUAACUCACUGCGAGUUAUUAACUAUGUUCUCUGCUCAUUAGAGGUUGGCGGUACUCGGGUCUGAAUCUUUAAAUUGAAAAAUCUUCACUCUUAAAAAAAAAAGAAAAAAAGAAGUGUCCUUUUGUGUACCACCAUGAUCCUAUGCUAUGACAGAAUGAGUCCACGUGUUAUUUUCUUGACAAUGAAACUUUAUGUGAAGUGUUAAUUUACACAUGAACUUAACAAGGUUGUUUGUUUGUUUGUUUGUUUGUUUGUUUGUUUGUUUUCAUUUGGGCCUUAAUUACGUGAACUGGCUACUGGGUCAUGUCUCAAAACCCUUUCUUGCACAGGACUAGAAAUGAUGGUUUUGUCAGAAAAAAACAACAACAUAUAAUAGUGGUGUUGUUUAGGUAGCCUACUAUGUCAAAAUUGUGACCUAAUUAUCAUUCAUUGCUAUUAUGGGGGAUCAGUGCCUUUGAAAUCCAACACUGGAUUGAGGCACUUUUUUCUUGUUUUAUUUAUAAACUCCAAACCCAAUGAAGUUGGAACAUGUAAAAGGUAAAUAAAUACAAUUAUUUGUCAAUCUUUUCUAACCUACAGUACUCUUGAAUUGAAUAUAUUACAAAAACAAAAUAUUUAAUGUUCAAACUGAUAAACAUUACUAUUAUCCACAUACAUACAGUAUGCAUUAUUAUAAUUAUUAAUCCACUUUGUGGAUAACUGCAUGAGAAAAUAGUCCAACAAAUCAACUAAUCUACUUUCCAUAACAUCAGCAAACUAUUCAGACACAUUUUAUUUUACUUUUACAUGACAUACCAACUUCAUUGGAAUUGCAGUUUGUUCCUCACUAGCCUGGUUCUCAACUUCUCCUUGCUUUCAGGGGGCCCAUCCACGUCUGGAAGUUAAACUGAGGCUUCACUGUAUGCAUACAGUUAAAUCAACUAAAUAACUAUCAGCAUGAGUCGACAUUUGAGCAAGAAAUUAGUGUAUUUCGACGUCAAUGCAUGGUGGUUUGAACCUACUAUGGCUAACUCUUACCUGUGUUGUUUUCUCGCUCGCUCGCUCUCUCUCUCCUUCUCCCUCUCUAUCUCUCACACACAGAGAAGCAUUCAGUGGCCUUUGUACAACUGCUGCAAGAGGGUUAUUUAUUUUAUCAUAGACUAUUGAUGGUUAUUAUAACCAGUGGUACAUAGCAAAUGUGCUCAGUUAACCUAACCAAUACAAUCCUUCAAGUGUCCUUAUAUCAUGUCAGUGUGUCGUAUCACUUGUUCUGCUUGUGUUUGCCUUCUCAUUUUUUUCAUUUCACAUUCAAGGGAAUCAAGGCAUUAACUGUUCCCCUCGCAUAAGAAAAGAGAAGUGUGUCCGUGUGUGUUCUGCCUAUUGUACUUGUAUUAAGUUAACUUGGCCUGAAUUUUGAUGAUGACAAAUGUGCUUGUCUGUUAGUUGUGUGUUAAAGGAAAAAAAAAUGACAGCCUGCGUGCAGCGCAUGAAUUGUAAGGAUCUGUUAAUUGAAUUCUGCCUCCUCUGAUCCCCGGCAAACUGUAAAACAUGCCCGUGACACUCUGUGUGUAAUGGGCAAAAGUUACAAAAGAGUUUAGCAAAUUCCAGUUGCUAAAUGUUUGUUUGCACAGACCUCAGCGACCUUCCCUUUUGAGUGCCUGUGGUUGUGUUUCAGUUGCUUCACUGAGAGUCACACAAAUGGUCCUGUUGGACCUUGCCGUGUGAAGAGAAGGCAUUCCAAAUUUAUUUGUAGUCUCGGUGUCGAAACAAAACAGGCAAGAAGUGAAAAUCCCAAUCCCGUUUGCUCCUUUUGUUCAAUUAAUUGGGAAUUGGGCAGCAAGGGUUAGUUUGAGCAUGUCUCACAAUGAAAGGAGAAGCAGAAGACUGUUGAAAAUAUAAAAGGAACCCUACACUGUAAUAACUAAUAAGUGUCAGAUUUUAAAGCUAUUUUUAUAUUGCGAGCAUCUCUUAGACUCUAUUGUUAUUCUAAACAGUGUGAAUAUGUUUUGCAUUCAAAUUGUUUUAUCCAGGAAUGAAGCUUGCUGUAGUUGUAUACUAUAUUGUUUUGUGGGUGUAUAUUUAAUUUAAAGACUUAAUUUGAUUUGAAUUUUGACCCAAUUCAGCAACUAUAAUGGAAUAAAUUACAUAACCAAACAUUUAUGGAAGAAGUGGACAAAGUUUGGUGCUCAAGGGCUACGUUGGACUUUUAAAUGAGACAUAUGUAGGCCAGGUCAUUGGUGAGGCAAAACUGAUUACAUUUUAUUUUCAAUUGUUAUUUAAAAUUUAUAAAACGGUUUGCUUAAUGUCAUUUUUUGUCUUCUGUUUUAGGUAAUUUAAUCAUAAUUGAUCAAACAAUAUCUGGUCAACAGUAAAAAAAAAAAUUCUGACCUGGCCCUAAAUGUAUUUUUGAUGCAAAUGAAAAAAAGAAUCCUUUUUUUUUUUUUUUUUUUUUUUUUACGUAUCACAUUGGGUUUUUUAGAUUUUAGAGGGUUUUUUUACCUAAAAGCUUGUGCUAUACAAAUUUUACCAUGUGUUGUUAUUUAUAGCUAUAACAUUUCAGCAAAAAAAUCCAUGCUAGACCUAACCUUUAAUUAAAAAAUAUUGCAAAAUACAUAAUGCUAUUUUUACUAAUUUGUUUUUAAGAAAACCUAAUGAGCUGGAGGGGAGGGGGGGUAUAGCACAUUUUAAAUCAAAGUGAAAGCAAAAUCAUCUGGAAGCAUUUACUUCCUUCUCUUAUUAAAAAAUGUUGACCAGUCUAAUUUUAUAAAAUAAAUUAAUUCAUAAAAGACUACAAAAUAAAUGCUUGAAAAUAUACAAGUUCAUUUCCAGGCUUCUGAAAAAAGAAAAUUAUUAGUUAACAAUUCAAUAAUUAUUCAAAUGAAUGCAACAUAAAUAUCAGAAUUGUUAAUAAUGUAAGUGCUUGGUGGGCCAAAUUAGAGAGCAAAGCAAGCCGUAUGUGGCCCACAGGCCAUAAUUUGAGAACCCCAGUUAUCCAGUCUGCAAUUUGGUUUUGCAUUCUGAACUUCACUGCAGCCCGUACAACAACAUGUGCAAUAUAAUUGCUCAAAAUAUUUCUUUUGCAUUGAAAAAUACACAUAAUACACACAGUUGGCAGAUUCAUAAAUUCGAGAUUCUUAAAAAAAAAACAUCGACCUGUCUUUUUGUGUCAAUGGCAGCAGACAGUCGCAAAUGCCUUUGCUUCCAAAAAAAAGACAAGUUUUUGCAUUAUUUCAUUCCUGUAUGGAUUUAUUUUUAUGUUGUUGCCUGUUCUGCAAUGAUUGUGCAUUUUCUUUUUUGAAUACUAUGUUGUCUCUGAAAUGGCCUGUUGGUAUAUAUAAAUAUGGUAUAUAUUUAUGCAAA